UUACACUUAAUUUACCUUUGGAAAUUUGUUGAACAAAUUCAUGUCCUAAAUGCCGCUAGGCGCAUACAUAAGCUGCAUUUAUAAAAUGCAUGCAAAUGAAUGUGCAGAAGAGGAAACAACCUUUGGAAUACCAUAACUUCAGAAGACGCUACAUUUUGUUUUAGAAAAUAUGGCAAUGACAGGCGAAUCUUCUCAUGCGCAGGGAAGAUGCAAAGGAGACAAAACUCAAGCAGCACCCGAUCGCAACGGCUAUGUCAGAGGCUAUGUCGGAGCUCUGAAGAAGGACCUCGGCUGUCAGACCUGGUGGACCUUAGCUCUCGCAGAAGUCUGGCGUUCCAUGAAAGUUUCCUCUGCGUUAUGCAUGGGCUUGCUAUCGGUCACCCUGGCUCUAAUAGUGAAGUUUGUGAAGGGGGAGCGAGAUUUCAGUGGGGGAGCAUCAGAGGAGAACAACUCAAUUUUGACUGGGUGCACAGAAGAAAUCCACACUGUUUGGUGGCACUCCGCCGCCCCGCUCUUCACCCUUGUGUGCGUCUUCUUUUGGGUGGGCUUGUAUCUGAUCCGCUGCGGGGUCCUGUUUAAGACUGCCCUCUCCCUACUGACCAUCUGCCAUGUGGGAGAAGCGGCUGCCCAUUUUUUAUUGCUGGGAGCGGACGAUCAGCUGCUGUCCUUCUCGGCCACAUUGUUAGUGCUGGCGUGCUUAGCCGCGGGCGCGCUGGUGCUGGCCAAGCUUAAACAGGGCAUUUAUGUCAUCGUCUUUAUCAGCCUUGUCAGGACGCUUUCUCUACUUUCACUGAGUGAAGUCCGAGUCAGUUGGAGACCAUACCUGGCUUAUUUGGUUGGGGUUCUGGGAAUUUGUUUAGUGCGGUAUGUGGACCAGCUGUUACCAAAAACAGGGGUGCUUAAAGAGGACAGUGCUUCAUUGACCGGAUCAAAAGAAGACAUUACGGUUUUCAAAAGGAGACGGCGAUCCAGUUCUGUAGUUUGUUCAGAUAUGGCUAACAGUCAGGCCGGUAGUAGCAGAAGCCACCGCCGGACGUCCCUGCCAUGUAUUCAGAGAGAUCAGCCCUCAGGAACCAGUGUUGUUGUUGAUAUUGCAGUGAUGGGUGAGGCCCAUGGACUGAUCACAGACCUCCUGGCUGAUCCUUCACUUCCACCUAAUACCUGCACAUCUCUGAGGGCUGUCAGCAAUCUUCUGAGCACACAAUUGACCUUUCAGCCCAUCCAUCGUCCCCGCAUCAACCCACUAGUGUCCUUCAGUGAGAAUUACGUCCACUCUGACUCAGAAGAUGGGCCAGAAAAAGGGGAGAAAUUAGCCAUACCCAAGCGCCUCAGGAGAAGUCUCCCACCUGGUUUGCUAAGACGUAUUUCAUCCACCUGGACUACUACAACUUCAGCUACUGGCUUGCCUACCAUUGAGCCAGGACCAGUGAGACGAGAUCGUAGUGGCAGCAUCAAACCUGUCCAUGAGGUGUCCUCCUGCAGUCCUGUCACUAGUGAGUCACGGAGCAACUCGGUCUUGCUGACAAUUGCCAAAAGCAGAUCCCCGUCUGCUUCAUAUGCUGCAACCUCUACAAACCACCUGAAUUCCAAAAGACAGAUCAGACCAGGUUGUCCGCCUUCCAACAUGUCACCUCUCAUCUCCCCGUGCCAUUCGCCCAUCCAAGAGACCCUGGCCAAUAGCCCCAUCUGCAAAGGUUCAUCUGUUGAACUUCCUGAUGCAGCAGAUGCACUGGGCAGGCAUGCUGUCAGCACACACAAAGCCCUAAUGCACUCACACUCCCUGGGACAAAUGGCUGUCAGUUCAUUGGUGUGCAGUAGCUGUGGAAGACCAUAUAACAAAAUAAACUUCAAUGAAGGUACGUUGGACAAAGUGGAGAUACCAACAAAUUCACUAAACAGGACAGAUGAUCCCGCUCAGGCAACGUCUGAUUACGACAGUACUCAUGAAACUAACCACAGUGACGACAUUGUACCUAAUGAAGACAAAUCAAAGCACUGUAAAGGAAGAUUUGAAUCCAGCAAAGAGUCAAUUUGCAGAUCAUACAGACCAGACAGUCUCAUUCUGCAUCCUUUAAUACAACCUGAGGACAAGCCAAUUCUUGCACCUGAGCCUCUUGUAAAAGAAGAUUUGGAUUCAAUCAUGGGUCAGCUGAACAACUGGAACUUCCCCAUUUUUGACCUCGUUGAAAAGACUGGUGGGAAGACAGGAUGCAUUCUUAGUCAGGUGUCAUACAGGCUCUUUGAAGACACUGGGCUUUUUGAAACAUUUAGCAUUCCACUGAGGGAGUUCAUGAAUUAUUUUCAUGCACUGGAGAACGGCUACCGUGACAUACCUUAUCACAACAGAAUCCAUGCAACUGAUGUACUCCAUGCUGUGUGGUUUUUAACAACUCAGCCAAUACCGGGCCUGCCUACUGCAAUAAACGAUCAUAGUUCAAACAGUGAUUCAGAUUCUGACAGUGGGAUCACUCAUGGACACAUGGGGUAUGUUAUAUCCAAAACAUAUGGGAAUCAGGAGGAUCGGUAUGGCUGUUUGUCAGGCAAUAUUCCUGCCCUAGAGCUCAUGGCCUUAUAUGUGGCUGCUGCCAUGCAUGACUAUGAUCAUCCUGGAAGAACUAACGCCUUCCUUGUAGCUACCAGUGCUCCUCAAGCAGUAUUGUAUAAUGAUCGAUCUGUGCUGGAAAACCAUCAUGCUGCAUCAGCCUGGAACCUCUUCAUGUCCCGGCCUGAAUACAACUUCCUGGUGAACUUGGAUCAUGUGGAAUUUAAGCGUUUUCGUUUCCUUGUUAUAGAAGCCAUUCUAGCAACUGACCUCAAGAAGCACUUUGAUUUCCUGGCUGAGUUUAAUGCAAAGGUAAAUGAUGAUGUUGGAGCAGGUGUAGACUGGUCAAAUGAAAAUGACCGCCUGCUUGUCUGUCAAAUGUGUAUUAAAUUGGCAGACAUUAAUGGGCCAGCAAAGUGCAAAGAGCUCCAUCUGCAGUGGACAGAAGGCAUUGUCAAUGAAUUUUAUGAACAGGGAGAUGAGGAGUCAAGCCUUGGUCUUCCUGUCAGCCCCUUUAUGGACCGCUCUGCACCACAGCUGGCCAAGCUCCAAGAAUCCUUCAUUACACACAUUGUGGGUCCUUUGUGCAAUUCCUAUGAUUCUGCUGGCCUCAUUCCUGGCAGGUGGAUUGAAACUGCUGAAGGAGCAGAAGAAGAUGGAGAUACAGAUGACAUUGAAAAUGGUGUGGACGAUGAAGAUGAGAUACCAGAUGAAGAUGCCUCUGAUACCUCUGAUAGUUCUCAGAAGGAAGGACGUAAGAAGCGAAGGAAAAUUUACUGCCAAAUCACUCAGCACCUAAUGGAGAACCACAAUAUGUGGAAAAAAGUGAUAGAUGAAGAACAGAAGCAAGUGGAGCCAAAGGCAGAGGACACAUCAAGGCACUCCAGUUCCUCUGAGACAAUCCCUGCCAUUGCUGAAGAAGAGGAGAGGAGUUCUGCCGAGCUGGAAGACAAUGAGAGAGCCCAGUGGAAGGCCGAAGCUACAACAUCGCAGCAGAUGCAAUGUGACCAGUGACCUAGUGGUCCAGCAAGCGGGGUGAGGACCAAACAACCAAUCCACGCAUUGGACUCCUGUUUCAUUUGCCAGCACAUCACUUUUGACACAACACUGUAGAAGUUUUGGAAAUAAUGUGCCUGGAAUGGUAUUAAAGGGGUGGGGUUGGGGUGAAAGGGUGGGUGCCUGGGAUUUACUUUUUCCUUGACUGAACUUUUUUAAUGGGGUCGGGUACAGUAUGAGGAUUUAAGUUUCCGUUUGAGGAAGCUUCCGCACUGCAAUAUGGAUCACACGUCAAACUUUCCAAAAAAAGAAAAUAUAAAUAAACCUAGAGUGUGAAUUCAGCAAUCUCUGUGUUUUGUAAGACUUUAUGUAGACCAAUCAAAAUCCACCCUUAACGAAGAAUCCCUGAUUUUUCAGGAAAACUAACUAUUUCUAAGGGUAUGGAUUUUUACAUUUUGUAAAACUUUAACAGGUAUAUGGGUUGAAUAAGCAACUGAAGAAAAAAACUGUUUUGAAAGCUUUAUCAGACCUCUGAUACACUUUGCCAAUAUUCAUUGUGCAUUGUAUAGGUGAUUUUUUUUACUUUGCUUUUUAUUGAGAAAAAGUGAGUUAUAACCUAUUUUUAGUACUGUAGUACCACACGAACAAACACUGUUUAUUUUUGUUCUCCUCAUGCUAUGAGCCAAACACUUAUUUAAGUUACUUCCUAUCCAGACUAGAAAUGAACAGUUAAAUAAUCAUGUAUUGCUAAUUAUAGGCUAUCAAUAUCAUUACAUUGUAAAUAUGAGAUUGUUUUUGUUUUGCUUUUGUAGAUAGCAGAUCAAAAAGGGAAGUGUUAUUUUUCAUAUUUGUUUUCUUUUUUCCAAAAGCAGUGUUUUUUAUGCUUUUUUAUGUUUAUAAACCACAAGGCAGGAACUUUAUAAUGUUAAUAUUUGGAUAUGCACAAGUUUCUUCCUCCAGUCUUUUAAUAUACUCCAUUUUAUUUCACAAUUUACCUGGCUAAAUGCUCCCCUCUGCAGAAUAUUUUCACUUCCAUUCCUUUAUAGUUUUUUUUUUUUUUCAUUAUUAAUUGAAGUUUUAUCCUGUGCUGUUUUCUUUAACAGCUGUACUAAUUUAUCUGGACAAGGUGUAACCUGAAGGAGAGUUUAUCGAUUAUCCUAAUAUGGGUAGCCUACUCAGAUUAAAAUGCACCUUUCAGUCACUUCAUCUGGUAGUAUAACUGGCUGUCCUAAUUGCUGUUAUAUUUUUAUAUAUACACAGUAGUAGAGCUUGUUUGUUUAAAUAAGUUGUAAAUUAAAAGAAAGUAUGUGUUAUUUCAGCACUGGUGUACCAUUUCGUCUUGGUUGUCAGUUGAGAUCUAGCAAAACAUUAUGCAGACGUAGCAAACAUCUGUCAUUCAGCCUCGAACAGUUCAGACAGCAAGCCAUUCAUCUUGCUAUGAUAAGUAUUAUCCUAUGUCAUCACCACACAAGAAAACAUUUUUGAAGUAUUUUUUCCCAGUGCUAACUAAAAAGUUAGUUUACUUCUGCCAUUCUUAACUUGGGGUUAGUUGGAUGGCAUGCAAAGACAUAGUAACAUUUAAAACAUUGUUUCUACCAGACAUGGCUUACUCUAGGGAAGUAAGAGUGUGCUGUCUUCUUCACUUGUGCUUCCAUGUUAGUAAAUAGUAACAUUUCCACUGGGUGCUUUGGCUUGAUUUCUGCUGUUGGUGGACAUUAUUCUGUUUACUAUCAUGCAAGCAUAAGUGAUGCAGAAAGUUACAAGUCUUUCUAGAAGAGUACUACAUCUGGAAGAGAUGGAAUUUUCUGGCACAAAUGCUUCUCUUCUACUUAGCAAGCUACAACAUUUAAAAAAAAAAGAAACCCACUAGAUGUUUAUAAACUUACAUUUUUCUUUAUUAGGAAAUUGUCAAUCACUUCAUUACUUACAGUACUUUGUUUUCCAUUUUAGGAAAGGUUCCCUCUGUAAUAUGAACUACAAUUUAGAGUAAACCCUGAAAAAGUGUUGUUAAAAAGGCCUUCAUAACAACCUGCUGUACUUCAUUCAAUCACAUUUUUCUUCUUAAUGCUGACAUCUAUGAUUAUUAGAACUAUUUCCCAAAGGUACAAGAGAGUUUGGGAUAUUAAGAAUCCCUACCCUUUAUUCAUCAUAAUAUUAUGCCUGUCACUCCAAAAAUCAGUCAUAACACAACUAAAUGAGUCAGACAUCGGAAAAGCCAGUGUUAGCUAUAUUUAUCAAUGUGAAAUUAAACCUCUUAUUAAAAAAAAAAAUAAAAUCACUUUUUACUCUCAUUGCAUUCUUUACCUUGGCCAUCUCUUAGGUCUUAACAGAAGCAUUAACAGGCCAGAAUUUCCUUCCAUUGCAUCCCAGUAUAGACCAGGUAUAGCCUGAACAUAUUCACUGUCCCAAUGAUUGCUUUGUUAUUAUUAUUAUUGAUACUAUUAUUAUUAUUAUUAUUAUUAUUAUUAUUAUUAUACACUUUAUAUUGUGUAUACAUACUACUACAAUGGCAGAAUUUAACAGAAAGGGUGUUUCUCUGGUAUUCUAACCAGUGUUAGUACUUUGGAUAAAGUGCAAUCCAAAAUCAACUUUCCCUUUUAAUAAGGCUAUGUUUUGUUACCAUUCAUUAGGUAUACUGUAGAAAUUUAAGUUGGUUGGAAUAUCUGUUGUUAAUCUAUGCUUAUAGCAGAGUUCAGCAAUAGUGGCAGCAUUAACCAGUCUUGGUAAAAUACACCUAUGAAGAGUCAAUUUUGGAACCCAAAAUAAUCUUAGAAUAUGUGUUUUAAUCAUUUUAGUCUCCUCCUAUGUGAGGAAGCCCUCUAUUGAUGGAAUUUUAUGUGGGGUAUACUUUUUAUUAAAACUCCUUCACAUGAACUAUCAAGAAAGGCGGGUUGUUAUGGGGUUCCAAACACAAAAUUGACACAUCGGCUGUAGGAAAGAAUAUGCAGUUAAAAGUACCUUUGUUCUUCACUACAAAGAAAAUAUAAAGGCUUGGAUAUGGCAAAUGUUGGCAGUGACAGAUAAAUUAGGUAUUGCAGCUUCUUUGAUGCUUUUCUUGGGGGUUGAUAAGAUCUGAUAAGACCCAUAUUUUUUAGAUUCUAUUCUGCUUUAACACCAGUUUCAGUUUUUGUUAUU